AUGUCUCCUCCACCAACACCCAAGGCAUUUCUUCGCAGCAUCAUUCCUUCACCACCACCAGAGUUUACUGCUUGUAAGGCGGACUACGAGCACCACCUCAACUUCAAUCAAGGGCAAACGCAGAAAACCCGAGACAAGAUCGGCCAGUACACCACCUUUUGUCCUGGUCGUGUUGGCUAUACUUCACGUGCAACAGCACUGUUUCCAAGUGACAUCCGCCACGAUCUCCAUGAACUCGACAGCCAAUAUCGGUCACUAUAUCGAGAUGUGGCACAACCUCAGUUUGACCACGAGGCAUUUCGGAAACUCAAGAAAUCAGGCGCUGCAUUAAAGGAAACAAUCAAGGAAUGGCAAGCAAAUCGUCAAGAGCCUCCCGUCGUCCGGGCUACAAGAAAGCGAAAGUUUGACGAUCUUACACCGAGUCAAAGCGCAGCAGUCUUAGAGCAAGAUUGCUUUGACCCAACAGUGUUUAUCAUCAACCCCGCCCACUAUCGUAGAAUCGAUGUCAUUAUCCUCGAUGGCGGUCCCAGUCUAUCAAAAAAUUCCCUCGAGCUUCGCCAUGCUGGGAACGUCUGCCUCGGAGAUUUUCAAUUUGCGCAGGAGUAUUUGGACGGGCCAGUCUCUUAUGAUUGGUUCUGUGUCGUGGAGGGGGAAUUUAUGCCAGGGGCCUUCACUACUCAUAUCAAUCUGCUCGACCGAGGAGAUCAACUUAUUUGUCGCCGCGCAGAUGUUCUAAACGAUGAGUGUGAACCUCUCUCUCGUUGCCUACUGGCCUUAUAUCAAUCACUUAUUCCACUUGCAAGAGUAAAAGCCACCAUUAUCGAUUUAACCUUAGAAUAA